AUGGAAAACCCUGAGACAGAACAAGAUGAACUGGAGUUUGAGAGGGGCCAGAUUUUAGGUGUACUCUGGAUGCUAAGGAUGAGAAAAAGUUGCUGGGUGACCACCACUAAAACGCUUGAAGUUAAUUUGCCGUUAAUGUAUCUUAAUCUUUUGUAUGUUGAAAAUCUGAAUGAAUACACUCUGUUUUGUUUUCUUAUGUUAUUUGAUAAUAAUAAUAUAAUAAUAUGCCAUUAGCAGACGUUUUAUCCAAAGCGACUUACAGUCAUGCGUGCAUACAUUUUUUUGUGGUAUGGGUGGUCCCAGGGAUCGAACCCACUACCUUAGCGUUACAAGCGCCGUGCUCUAAGCUGAGCUACGAGGGACCAUUGAUUUAGGCGCAGUGCACUAGUAGUGUGUUUGAAGUUUCUAAAAUGUUCCUUUAGUUUUGAAACUACCCGCUGGGGUCUUGAAUUGAGUUGUAAACUGACAGAUGAAUGCUGACAGCUAAUAUAUUUUCUAUCAUAUGAUACAUAAAAGGUGUCAAGAUAUACAAGUGUAUUUAAAAAAAAAUAAUAAACUAAAUAUAGUGUCAAAAUUAAUAGUGUUUUCUUUGUAUCAAUGGUGCCUGAAUGAAAAUGAGAGACUGAAAACCCAUCAAUAAAAUCACUGAAACCUAACAAAAUAACACACAUGAGGAAAUAGUUGAUUAUCUUAGGACACCAUUUAUGGAAAUAUGGCUAUCAAAUUAACAUCACUGAACAUAAGACAUCAGAUCUCCAAACCCUCAAAAUAAAGGAGCUUGUAAAUAAACUCAUUUUUACCAGAACGUUGUCAAACUACCAAUCCAGACAAUGUUUCUAGGAGUGAGAGUAUGCAAAUUGGCUAUUGAAGUGUCAUUUGAAAAUAAGGAGCGCCACGUCCUCCAACCCUCACAAUGAAGAGGCUUAUAGUAUAAUAUAACAAAAAAUCCUUCUUGUUUUGCCAGAACUGGAUUAACUACAGUACCAACCCAGGCACAUAUUUGAGAAAGUAUAUUGUAGAAAAAAUAUCCCCCCAAAAAUUUUGAUUAAGAUUUCAUUACCUCAUAUACCUUUUGCCUACCUGGACCACCCACAUUUCUAUUAUAAAUCAUUAGCACAGGCCAUGGCCUAGAUUACAAUGCUAUUUCAUGGUUAUUACUGGUUAAUUUGAGGUACUGAUACAUAAUUAACUUUAUCAUUGUGUUGCCAAUUAUACCUUACAAUCACCCCCAGGUACACCCAAAUUCUAAACAGCAGAUUUCUCAAUUCAGGAUGUCAUGCACAACGUGACACCUCGUACGACAAGCAAAUUGUGCAACUUCAAGGUAGACGGUUGUAGGCUACUACGUACAUUUGAUCAUUUGUCUCUACAGCUGGUGGCUGUUGUGUUCUGUUCAGAAACGGUCGUGUUUAAAAGGUAAAGCAACUUAUCUUUCUACUUAUUUUUACAUUGUCCUAUAAUUAUGAAUUAUUGUAUUGUUUUCACCCAACAUGAAUAGACAUAAGAAUGAAAAUCUAAUAUCACAAAACCAAAAUGAUUUAUGAUAAGCUUGAACCAUUCUAUAGUGGACAACCUAAGUGAUUAUUAUUAUCUGAAACAAGUGUAAUCGUUUUUUAUUAGAAUAUUGAUUUUGUGGUAUUUGGGACAUUUUACUUUGAUAGCCUCGUGCUGUCUGUGUCCAUUACUUGAAGCAAGUAAAUAUUGAUUGCAGAUAAACACACAGACCAAUAUACUGGUACACUGACCUCAUGAGAGCCCUGUGAGGCUUACAGCAUGGAAAAAAUAUCCCAUUCACUCACUUUCCCAAUAUUUUUGGGCAUAUCAAAACAAUUAUUAAUAUAAUUUGUAAUAAAAUGUAUCAAAUCGAAAUAGAAUACAUACUGUAUUAUAAAGAAGUGAUACACACUGAUGUGUACAAAACAUUAGGAAUACCUGCUCUUUCCAUGAUCCCUUAUUGAUAUCACUUGUUAAAUCCACUUCAAUCAGUGUAGAUGAAGGGGAGGAGACAGGUUAAUGAAGGAUUUUAAGCCUUGAGACAAUUGAGACAUGGAUUGUGUAUGUGUGCCAUUCAGAAGUUAUGGCAAAUAAAAUAUUUAAGUGUCUUUGAAUGGGGUAUGGUAGUAGAUGCCAGGCACACCAGUUUGAGUGCGUCAAGAACAGCAACGCUGCUGGGAUUUUCACACUCAACAGUUUCCCUUGUGUAUCAAGAAUGGUCCACCACCCAAAGGACAUCCAGCCAACUUGACACAACUGUGGGAAGCAUUGGAGUCAACAUGGGCCAGAAUCCUGUGGAACGCUUUCGACACCUUGUAGAGUCCAUGCCCCGACGAAUUGAGGCUGUUCUAAGGGAAAUGGGGGUGCAACUCAAUAUUAGGAAGGUGUUCCUAAUGUUUUGUACAGUCAGUGUAUUUUGCUACACAAAAUAACUGAAUUCCAUGUUAGAUGCUGAAAUAUGACACAUUAUAUUUUGACUAAGAAAAAACUUCAUCUGGUUGAUAACAGACAGCAUGGGAUAUCUCUUCUGUUAUGCGAUAUGUUUUAUAGCUCCCUUGGCUCUUGAAUAGCCUUACUAUCCCAUACACAGCUUGUGUUCUUAAUCUCCAUAACACAGACUGUUCUCUGUUGAUCUACUUACUGUGUGUGAUUCUGCUUUAGCUGUUUGAUAUUUUGUCAUUUAAUCUUAUCAUAGAUUUCUUCAUCAUUUAUCAGAAUGUUGCAAAUUCUGUAACUCAACUUUAACUUUGUUUCCCCUAACAUCAGCAUCACAUUCACCGUUCCUAUGUUUGUAUUUCUUUCCAACCAGAACAUCUGCAAACAUGGGAGAGUGGGGAUUUCUGUCAUCCCUGCUGGGCAAGGUGCAGUCACACUCCACGGUCGUCGGUAAAGUUUGGAUGACUGUCUUGUUUAUCUUCAGGAUCAUGUCCUGGGGGCCGGGGCAGAGAGGGGUGGAGCGAUGAGCAGUCUAAAUGAUUUGCAAUACCAAACAGCCCGGUUGUAG